CUGUGAGAAUGCACGGACAACAACGAUUGGCAAGGCUCGCUGCAUCCCACGUCAAGCCUCCGAGGAGGUCCAGGGAUGCGGCCUGCACGUGCUGUCCCGGACGGUAAGCAGUGGUCGCCCCUUGCACAAUUUGCGGAUAGUCAUCAAGCCUUGCAGCCAGUAUUGCUUCAUAACGCUUGGCUGUACCUAAAAAAGCGGCUCAAUGUCUGUCCUAUACAAGUAUAAAGUCGCAGAACAUCCUCUGACCAUGGUACCCAAUGCCCUACUCUCAAAUUACAUCCUCAGGGCUCGACCAUCGCGGAGGACAGCGAGAAAAUGGUACGCUUCAUACAUGCCAGUCUGCUGGCUGUUGGCUUCACUCAGCUCUCCCAAGCUGCCACCAACAGUACCAUCAACUCGCAGCUUCGUCUUGCCUAUGCGGGUGACACUGGAAUGUACGUCAGCUGGAACACCUUCGAGAAGUUGGACAAUCCAACGGUCCAUUACGGCCUGGUAUCCAAUGACCUGAACAUGACGGCAUCGUCCAACGUUUCUGUCACCUAUGCGACCUCCUUGACGUACAAUAACCAUGUGAAGAUCGUGGGCCUGGAGCCAGAUACGCUCUACUAUUACCUCCCAGAACAUCUGCUCCACAUGCAAUCACACUGUCCAUACAAUUUCACCACUAGUCGACCGGCUGGACAGCCAGAAGCAUUCUCCGUUGCAGUCGUGGUUGACCUGGGCACCAUGGGCGCCCAAGGUCUUACAACCUAUGCCGGCACCGGCGUCUCCGUGAACAACACCCUCACUCCAGGCGAAAUCAACACCAUCCAAUCCCUGGACAACUUUAAGAGUGGAUUUGAUUUCCUCUGGCAUCCCGGUGACCUUGCUUACGCCGACUACUGGUUGAAGGAGGAGAUCCAGGGAUUUCUACCCAACACGACCACCGUUGAGGGAUACCACGUCUACGAGUCGAUUCUCAACGACUUCUACGACGAGUUGAGUCCAGUUACUGCCGUGAAGCCAUACAUGGUCGGUCCCGGUAACCAUGAAGCCAAUUGCGACAACGGCGGUUACGCCGACAAAACCAACAACAUAACUUACAACGUCAGCAUCUGCGUUCCCGGCCAGACCAACUUUACCGGUUAUCGCAACCACUUCCGUAUGCCGAGCGCCGAAUCCGGGGGCACAGGCAAUUUCUGGUACUCCUUCCACCACGGCAUGACCCACUUUGUCCAGGUUGACACCGAGACCGAUCUGGGCCACGGCUUCAUCGCUCCCGAUGAACCAGGCGGGGUCGAGGGCGAAGACGGCGGGCCCUUCAACACGACGCUGGAAGCCCAGACCGAAUGGCUCGAAGCCGACCUUGCCGGCGUCAACCGCACCGAGACCCCCUGGGUGAUCGUCGCCGGCCAUCGUCCUUGGUACCUGAGUCAUGCAAACGCGAGCGGCACGAUUUGCUGGACGUGCAAAGAUGUCUUUGAGCCUUUGUACAUCAAGUACGGCGUCGACCUGGUUCUCUCGGGCCACGCGCACGUCUACGAGAGACAGAACCCCCUGGCUAAUGGAGUCAUCGACUCGGCUGGCCUGAACAACCCCGAAGCCCCGUGGUAUAUCACCAAUGGUGCUGCCGGUCACUACGACGGCCUCGAUGCCCUCCAAUACCCGUUGCAAGACUACUCUCGAUUUGGCUUGGACACCCUCAAUAGAACAUUUGGCUGGAGUCGUCUGACAUUCCACAACCACACGCAUUUGACGCAUGAGUUUGUCGCGAGCAAAACUGGCGAGGUGCUGGACCUGGCUACCCUAUACAAGGCCAGGACAUAACGCCCCUGGUCCAUCAACUCUCACACGAGCGGUCUUGCAUCCGCAUCGUAGCCGACAUAGACAUGGGCAGAUGCAUUGUAAACGGUAGUCCAUAAAUCAGAGCGAGAAUGUUCUUAAUCAUGGUGAUAAUCCUGCUCCGCUUGAAAGUGAGCACGAUGCACAAAGACCCUGCCGCCAUUUGGGGGUCACUCCAGAGUCUGGAUUG